AUGGCAAUUCCUCUAAGAAAGAGGACUACUAUAAGAGCUACAGCAGCAUCCCUAGGCAUACACAGGUCUACAUUGCACAGAUUGGUGAAAAGGGGAGCAAUCAAAAAACAAACUAAUGCCAUAAAACCACACCUGACUCCAGCACAUAAAAUUGCAAGGGUUUUGUGGUGUUUGGGUUCUAUCAUACCAAACACUAUCCAAACAAUACCAAAAUUCAGCAACAUGUAUAAUUUGGUGCAUGUGGAUGAGAAAUGGUUUUGCAUGAGCAAAAUUUCUCAAAGGUACUACCUAGCUCCUGGUGAAACAGAGCCAUAUAGAAGAUGCAAAAGCAAGAGGUUCAUUGUCAAAGUGAUGUUCAUAGCUGCACUAGCAAGGCCACACAUAGCACUAAGUGGAGAGGUCAGUUUUGAUGGGAAGAUGCCUAUCUUCCCAUUCAUAGAAGAGGUGGCAGCAAAGAGGUCAAGUUGUAACAGAGAUGCUGGGGUGAUUGAAACCAAAGCUCAAUUAAGCAUCACAAAAGAUGUCAUAAGGGAGAAACUCAUAAAUCACAUACUGCCAUCUAUAAGGAACAAGUGGCCAGAUAAUGGAUGCAAGCAAAUAUGGAUUGUCCAAGACAAUGCAAGGCCACACAUAGCAAGUAAUGAUGAGCAGUUCAUGAUGGAAGCACAAAAAGAUGGUUUUGAUAUCAGAUUAAUCAAUCAGCCAGCACAGUCACCAGAUAUGAAUGUGUUAGAUCUUGGUUUUUUUAAUGCAAUUCAAACCUUAAAAGAUCAAAUAGCACCUAGGAGUGUGAAACAGUUGGUGAAGGCAGUGCAAAAGGCAUUUGACAACUAUGAUCCUAAGCUAUGCAAUCACAUUUGGUUAACUCUACAACAAGUGAUGAAGGAGACUCUAAUAGUUAAGGGCAACAACAAUUACCACAUACCACAUAUGGGGAAGAAAUCACUUGAGAGGAGGGGUGAGUUACCAACAAGUAUUGUCAUUAGCCCACAAUUAGUAGAAGAGAGCAGAAAAUGGGCAGAAGAAGGUCAUCUUGAAGAUGAUCAAGAAGAAGCAAACUAUGGGGAUGAAGAUUCAGAUGAUGGUUUUGGGAUAAUAUAA